AUGAACUUAUCAGCGUCAUCUAGCGAAUUAUUCAAAUGAUGUUGUGGAUGUUUUCGUUUUGAAACUGCUCGACAGGUCGAUGAAAAUUAAUAUUAGACAACUGAUAUUAUGAUAUCAACGAAGUUUAUUAAAGAUAUUAACAAUAUAUACGCUUUCGUUUGCGAAUUUAGUCUUGCACGGUAAAAAUAUUUUGUUAAGAAAAGAUGGUCGUACUGACACGAAUUCUAGGUUAUACGGCAAAGUUACCAAGGAAAUAUUUGCGGCGAGGAUUAAUCGACAGCGUACGUAUUCAUGUAACUGGAGGUACCGGCGGUUCUGGAUUACCUAAUUACGGUGGAAUAGGCGGAGCAGGAGGAAAUGUAUAUCUUGUUCCAAAAGAAAGAUUAACAUUACAAUAUGUUAAAUACAAGCUAAAAGGUGUGAAAUUAAAAGCAGGACCAGGAUACGAUAGUAGCAAGAAAGGGCUCAUUGGAACACCUGGAACGGAUUUAAAUAUAAAAGUUCCAAUUGGCAUCACUGUUUAUGAUCAGAAUCGCAUUAAACUUGGAGCAGUGAAUUCAAAGGAUACAAAAUUGUUGGUUGCACAAGGUGGAACAGGAGGAUGCGAAAGGACAGGCUUCUGUGGUCUUAAAGGCGAAAGUCGCACUAUAGUCCUUGAUCUUCAGUUACUUGCUGACGUUGGUUUAAUAGGUUUUCCAAAUGCAGGAAAAAGUACAUUUUUAAAUGUAAUUUCAAAUGCUAAAUCAAAGAUUGCAGACUAUCCAUUUACAACUAUAAAACCGCAAAUAGGUAUUAUAAAAUAUAAAGAUCACAGACAAAUUUCAGUUGCAGAUUUACCAGGUUUAAUUGAAGGUGCAUAUCUUAACAAAGGAAUGGGUCAUAAAUUUUUAAAACACAUAGAGAGAACAAAAUUAUUAUUAUUUAUUGUAGACAUUCAGGGAUGUCAACUUUCCAUUAAACAUAAACAUAAAUCUUGCCUAGAAACUGUGCUCCUAUUAAAUAAAGAGAUUGAACUUUAUAAUCCAGAUUUGUUAGACAGGCCCACAAUAAUUAUAGUAAAUAAAAUGGAUACAAAUGGAGCAAGUGAAAUUUAUAAUGAAAUUGAACAAAAAUUAAAUAAUUUGUCAGAAUUCCUUUCAGAAUUCGAUGAAUCAAUUCAACCAAAAAAGGUAUUGCAAUUUGACGAUAUUAUAACAACAUCUUUGAUUUUAAAAAAUACAGAUGAGAUACAGGAAAUUAAAAGAAAGAUUAGAUAUAUUAUUGACAAGUAUGAAGAAGAAAAAAUUUCUAUUGAAAAUAUGGAUUCAGAUGAAGAUCGUUUACGUACAAAAUUAAAACGACAAAUGCAGCAAUAUGCACCAACAUUUGUAUAGUUUAUUGUAUUUUAAUGAAUUAUAUAAUUAAAACCGGAAAUAUAAUUUUUUAAAAUAAUAUAU